CUUUGCAACACCUGGAGCUCUCCCCUCGCAAAAAUCCAGCUCUCUCAAAACUACCACUCCCUAAUCUCUCCUCUCAAUCUCCGAUCCUCUUCACAUUAAUUAUACAGUGCACCCAUCUAAAUUAAUCUCCAUGGCCUUUUCUUCCCCUCUCUCUCCCUCUCUUUCUCUCUCUACACCUCAUUCUCUCUCCUCCAACUUACCAAAUUUGGCAAUAUAUAUACCAGACCUCUGUUCACUUGCUCAUUAACUUGAUUACUUUCUUUUUUCCUUCUUCCAAUGGCUCAAAAGUGCAGCAAUCCAUUGUCAGUUCCUGAUCUCAGUGUUGAGGCCAGCUUUGGCAGCAGUGCUCUCCGCCGGAAAAGGACCGGCAUGAGGCAGCGCCGGCAGCACGUGACCAGCGGGCUUCACCAUCUACAGCCCACACGUGAAACCAUCCUGGACCUGAAUUCUAAAGCCCUUGAUCCUGAUCAUCUUGGUGAAAGUGUGAGAUUUCUGCUGCAAAAGGAGCUAAAGAAUAGCGAUGUUGGUUCUCUUGGAAGAAUUGUCCUUCCAAAGAGAGAGGCGGAAGCCCAUCUUCCUGUCCUUAACGUUCGGGAGAGUUUCUCAUUGCCCAUGUUUGAUAUGGAGACCUCCCAACUAUGGACCUUCAAAUACAGAUACUGGCCUAAUAAUAAGAGCAGAAUGUACAUACUAGAGAGUACUGGUGAUUUUGUCAAGACCCACAAUCUUCAAGUUGGUGAUUUCAUCAUGCUGUACAAAGAUGAUGAAGGGGAUCGAUACAUUAUUCGUGCAAGGAAGGCAAGGGCUCAAGAGCCAGCAAUGGCUCCCCCAAUCGAAGAUGAGAUCUUUGAUUCCAUUGUGCCCGAUAUCGUUGUUACAAGUGCAAGAUACUCUGACCUCUUUCUACCGUGGACUGAUGGUAUGAACAUGGCAUUUGGCCUGAACUAUGCAUUCUCAGAAGAUUUCCCCUUGAGUUUUCCUGAUGAAAUGUUUGGGAACUCUUCAACUGCUUCGGCUGAAUCUACAACAAAGUUGGGGUUCAUCCAAAACCUCUCUCUUGAUGACCUCCCUUAACAGACUUCAUGCUUACUUGCUUUGUGUUUUUGUUAUUUUGAAGAAAGACUCUUAAGAAUUCUGGUUUUGAUAUCGACAUUGUCUAUGUUUUUUUGACGGUAAAUAAAAAUGCGUAUGUUCUUAAGAGUCAGGUUGUUGUCAAAUUUCUUUGGUUCUUCAGUUCUUCAUUCUCU